GCGUCGGGUAUAUCGACACCAGUGUUUCUGUAGCUUCGGCGAAGACCUGUUUCAUAUUCCCACAUUUCUUUUAUGAAACAGUGGAUGGGAUUCCCCCCCCCCCCCCCCCCCCGCGACUUGGUUUAAAUUUAUUUUUUUUUUAAACAUAAUUUUAAAAGGGAGCGGGGGAUGUCAGCACUUUAAAGGAGUGCUCACUACGGGUUAGAAAUAAUGCACCUGGAUAAAUAAAACCAGAAAUCGUUCAAAAUGUGUUUUGAAUCUGUAGUUAGUAAGUUUAUAUAGCUGUUUCUGAUCGCCACAUCCUUUAUGAUACAAGUCUGAUUUCAGCCUCAUGCUUUGCUUACUUGUUUUACUUCUUCUCAGUUAAUAAAAUGGAGCUUUUCUUUUUUCAACCCCAGAUAGUUUCUCGGCUCUGGGUGGCCAAGUUCUCAAACUAAGUGGAAAAAAAUGAAAUGCAAAAACUCUUCUCUUUGCAACCACAAGACAACAACUGUUUAAAGCUGUUUGUUUUCAACAGACUUGAAUUUGGGGGGCUGAGCUGGUGAGUUCUGCCAGCUUUCUUAAAGGCAAUGUGUGGGAGUUUAGCAAGCAGGCAGUUGAGCAAACUUUCCUUUGCACUGCAACGAUUCUUAAAAUCGGAAAAAAAAAAAACCAACAAAAAAAAGAUGUGUUUGGGAUCCAGCAGUACCUGUGGUAGUUUUUGAAUGUUCAUGAAAGACAGCUGUAAAGAAAGGCUAUUCCUUGAUAUUUACAGUUGUACUACUGUACAGUGCUUAUGUUAUAAGAAUUAAUAGGCAGGGAGCAGUAUAAGGAACCAUGAUUGCUAAAAUAUAUAGUUAAUAAAAAUAUUUACAUAUGUGCUUAAAGAUGCAGGUUAAAAUCAGAGGAAUCCUUUAUGUGUAAAUACAUUUAAAAUCACACCUCCUUCAUAGGCAACACAACUGCUUUCUCUGUGCUUGAGUUACAAACGCUUGGCGCUUCCUAAGUGGAAGAGGGUUUUAAAACACGCGCGUGUGUAUAUACACAUAACUUUUGGAGAAAAACAUUUUGACUGAUUUAUGUUGCCUGUGCAGCAUGAAUGCAGCAAAAGGAAAAUGAGAGGAUUCAUUGUAAGCAAAUGCUUUAUCAACAGUGUUUAUUAAUAAGCUCUUAUGAUAUUGUUGCUUCAUAUGACUGUGUUAUGUUCAAAUAGAAAAUCAGGCAACUUUCAGACUUAAGGCUAAGUCUGCUAGCUUGGAAAUUAAUAGAGGCAAAGUUAAUUUAUUAAUUGAUUUAACAGUUAUUAAUAUAGCUACUUUUAAUUCAGGUACUUUUCAAGAGUGUAAUGAUGCUUAUGUAUUUAGGGAAUGUCAACUUUGUACUUCAGCAGGAGGUGAACACAGGAAUGGUAACAGAUUUCUUGUUGGCUAUGUGAAUACUGACUGGGGAGCACAGGGAUGGAGUCUGGCAUGGAGGAGAUCCCAGUUAAAGUUGCAGUUCGAAUCAGACCUCUGCUUUCCAAAGAAGUACUUCAUAACCACCAAGUGUGUGUGAGAUUAGUCCCAAAUACACAACAAAUUAUCAUUGGGAAAGACCGUGUCUUCACUUUUGAUUUUGUAUUUGGCAAAAACUCAACCCAAGAAGAAGUUUAUACUGUUUGCAUUAAGCCUCUUCUAGUGUCUUUGACUGAGGGAUACAAUGCUACAGUGUUUGCAUAUGGACAGACAGGUUCUGGGAAGACUUACACCAUUGGAGGUGGCCACAUUGCAUCAGUUGCUGAGGAUGAAAAGGGCAUAAUCCCACGGGCUAUUCAGGAAUUAUUUCAGCAUAUUUCUGAAAACCGUAACAUUGACUUCCAUGUGAAAGUAUCUUAUAUAGAGGUUUACAAGGAAGAACUUCGGGAUUUAUUGGAGUUGGAGACCUCUGUGAAAGAAUUACAUAUCCGAGAAGAUGAAAAGGGAAAUACAGUGAUUGUCGGUGCUAAGGAAUUCCAAGUAGAAUGUGCAGAUGAAGUGAUAAGCCUGUUGGAAAGUGGCAAUGCAGCUCGUCACACAGGCACAACACAAAUGAAUGAGCACUCCAGUCGAUCUCACGCCAUUUUUACCAUCAGUAUUUGUCAGAAACAGUCUGCAGAGUCUCAAAGAAAUACUGAUGCUGCACAGGAUUCAUCUUGGAAAUCAGUCCAGAUGAUUGCUUCAAAGUUUCAUUUUGUGGAUUUGGCAGGAUCAGAGAGGGUGACAAAGACUGGAAAUACUGGUGAACGCUUCAAAGAAUCAAUUCAGAUCAAUAGUGGUCUGUUGGCCUUGGGAAAUGUCAUCAGUGCUCUUGGAGACCCAAAAAGGAAAAGUGUACAUAUUCCAUACAGGGAUGCUAAAAUCACUCGUAUUCUGAAAGACUCCCUUGGAGGAAAUGCCAAGACUGUCAUGAUAACAUGUAUAAGUCCAUCCUCAUCAGACUUUGAUGAAUCUUUAAAUUCCCUCAAAUAUGCCAACAGAGCCAAAAACAUUAGAAAUAAACCAGUUGUAAAUUACAACCCUGAUCAAGACCGAAUUGAUGAAAUGGAACUUGAAAUCAGAUUGCUUCGAGAAGCUUUGCAGAACCAGCAAGUCAGUAAUCAGUGUUCACAUGAGUUAAAUCAAGAAAGAACUCGUAUUACCUCACUUGAGGAACAGCUCACCCGGCUUCAGGUUCAGUGUUUCAGUUAUAGAAAUUGUAUAGAUGAAGCCUUCCCAUUUCUGGUUGAUUUGAAUGAUGAUGUUACCUUAAAAAGAAGUCAGAGGGACAGGUUGCAGAGCUGGAUCACUAUGGUACAGGAAGUAAGGAAGGAAGCUCUCACCAUGCAGGAAACUGACACAGGGACUGGGACCAGCCAAGAGCCACAUCACAUCACAAUUCUUCAGCUAAAGAGGGAAUUAAAGAAAUGCCAGCAGGCUCUAGUUAUGGAUGAAGAAGUAUUUAGCCAGAAGGAUCAUGAACUGCAGAUACUGCAGAAUCAGAUAAAGACAUUACUACAGGAAAACGAAGAACAACUGGAAUCUUUAAAGGAGGCUCAAGAAACACGUAGAGUACAGAAUGAGAAAAUGGUGGAACAGCAAAUGCUUAUUGAUCAGCUAAAAGAAAAAUUAGAGAAGUUUACAGAUGUGAAAACGUUGGACUUCUCAAGUGCCUGUGGAGAUGGACCAGUCAUUGUGGCAUCUGCAAGGAGGCCAUACAGUGUCCCACUCACAAAGAGUCUGCUACACUCCCUUCACCCGCCUUCAGGGACAGAGACCCGAAAGGUUUAUACAAGCCCCCCUGCCUUCUCCCUGGCCCGGGUAAUGGCAGAAUUUCGUGCUCGCAGCCAGAUGAUACUGAGCAACAUAGAAGAUCAGGAUAAAGUCCUUCACUGCCACCUCUCUGAUCACAGCGAUGAAGAAGAAGAAAAUACAGGCAGCAAAAAGAAAACCUCAUUUAAGCAUUCCAUAAACCGAACAUGGACACGAAAACAGGCUUCUCUGUGCUUUCUUCCUGAUCUAAGUGACAUGAAGUGUCAAGUAGACAAGUCUGGUUUAUCCAAUAAAUCUGCGCUACAGACUGACGCAACCACAGGUGAAGAGAUUGACAGCCUCCAGAAAAGUCAUGUUUUUAACAUGCAGAAGUUAAAGAAUUCAGAGUUGAGACUCACAGAGGCCGAGCAAAAAAUGAGAGAACUUGCACUUAAUAUCAAAAUGAAAGAGGAACUUAUUAAGGAAUUAGUAAGAACAGGUAAGGAUGCUCAGUCUGUAAGCAGGCAGUAUUCUUUGAAGAUAACUAAACUGGAGCAAGAAUCUGAGCAGGCCAAAAUGGAACUGGCUGAAACACAAAAGCGGCUUCAGGAGCUGGAGAGUAAGGAGCUGAGAGACAUUCCUGAGAAAGCCAAGUUACAAAAAGAGUUCCGGAAGAAGAUGGAUGCAGCUAAGCUGAAAGUGCAGGCUUUACAGAAGAAGCAGCAAGACACUAAGAAUCUGGCUUCGUUAUCUAACCAAAGUGAGAGACAAGCAACAGAACUUGAGCAGAAUGUGGCUCAGAUGAAGCAUCAGCAGACCCAGCUACAGAAGAGACUGUGUGAGGAGAGCGAAAAGAAGAAGCAACUAGAAGCAGAGAUUCAGCGGGACCAGCAACAAAUUAAAGAACUUCAACUAAAGAUGGAGCAACAACAGAAGAUCCUUAAACUUAAGGAUAAAGAGAUUGCUGCAUUUAAAAAGAAGAAAAAUAACUCAGUGGGAACUUCACAGAAGCUACAGAAAUUAGAAGAGCAAAAGAAGUGGCUGGAUGAAGAAAUGGAAAGAAUUCUCCAACAGCACCAACAGUUAGCAGAACUAGAAGAAGAUUUAAAGAAAAGAGAAGCCAUUGUAGCCAAAAAAGAAGCAUUAUUGCAAGAGAAAAGCCACCUGGAAAUCAAGAAACUGAGAUCUAGCCAGGCUUUAAACAAAGAUAGUAUGAAAUUGUCUACUCGCUUAAGUAUGCUGGAUCAGGAACUGUGUGAUAAAGGUAUGCAGCUUCAGGGCAGUACCACUGAAGACAAGACAGACAUUUUGGAAAAAAUUCAGGUUCUCCAGAUGGAAAGGGAUCAGCUGCUCAGAAGAAGAAAUAGUGUCGAUGAGAAACUGAAAGAUGGUAAAGUGUUGUCAACUGAAGAAGAACAUGUGCUUUUCCAGCUGGAAGAAGGAAUUGAAGCCCUGGAGGCUGCUAUUGAUUACAAAAAUGAAAGUAUUCAGAAUCGCCAGCACUUGCUUAGGUCAUCUUCUCAGGUUCUUUCACAGAGCGAGAAUAAUGUAAUAGGAAAAUUAGUUUCCCUGUCUGCUGCUGAGCUCAGAGCUAUCAUCUUCAAAUAUUUCAACAAGAUUGUUGGCCUACGUGAGUCUGAACGUAAAUUACAACUGCAGAUUGAAGAACAGCAAAUGAAGGUCAUAGACCAGGAUAACAUAAUACGUGAAUUAGAAUCUGCACUUGAACACGUCAAAUUGCAGUGUGACAGGCAGCUGACCCUACAACAUAAAGAACAUGAGAAAAAACUACAGUUAAUACUGCAUCAUUUCAAAGAACAAGAUAGUGAAGGUAUUGCAGAAACCUUGAAAGGGUAUGAAGUAAAAGUCCAGCAACUGGAAAAAGACUUAUUUUUCUAUAAGAAAACCAGCAGAGAGCUGAAGAAGAAAUUGAAGGGCAUCUUUGGAGAGUCAUCCCAUCAAUUAUUGGCAUCCACUAAAUAUAACAGUGCUGGUGACAAGGCAUCCAGUCAAGAUGAAGCAGAAGUUGCUUCUGAAGAAUUCAAGUCAACACUUAACCCUGAAACCAGUAGUCGACCAGGGAAAAUAAAAGGAACAGACAGAACAAGUAUUUUAAGAGCACAGCAGAAUUCAUACAAGCUUGGAGAAGAUGUUUCAGAAUUCGGGUGCAACAAAGAAUGUUUGUUGAGCACCAGUGAUGACAAAACAGGAACAGAUGAAGCUCAGCCUUCAAAAUCUCAUCCUCAGCUACCUUCUGUCAUCCAGAGAAGAGAGACCAUAACACAGUUUCAAGGAGUAACUCCAGUAAAACUGUCUCGCCGAGAGCUACGUCAUAUUCCUCCCUCUGAAUUAUCUUUGAGACGCUCAAGCCUUGGAGUUGGUGUCAGUUCUAUUGCUCCAGAUUCCAUCGAAAUGGACAAAAAGUCUAGUGUCACUAAGACAUAGUUACUCUUCAUUGCAUUUUUAAUAGCUGUUGCUACUGAAGCAACUGUAGUAGAUUCCUUUGUUCAUGGUCUUGUUAAGUAUCAACCAUGGAUAAAUGAGUAAGUGUUCUUUAGUUCUUAUUGCUCACUAUCAAGUCGUUAGGUGUUAUGUUCACAGUUUCAGUGAAUCUGAGAUGGAUUUUAAUUAACGCAGUAUCCAAUAACUUUUCAUUCAAAGGCCUUUUAACAUUGAAGAAAUUAUUUGUAUUGGUUUAGGGUUUUUACAGUAACUUCAAAAAAUAUGGUUUUCAAAAAUUGCAUUGUGAAGUGCACUGCACUUGUGUAACUUAGGUUUCCUAGACCAAUAUUGUACUUCACUUUCUUGGGUCAGAAACAGGAACAAACUAUUUAAUUUAUUUGGAUAUAUAGCUAGAAAAUGUAGUCGCCAGACUGUCACCUAGUAUUGAUAAUGACUGGCUCCUGCAUGCUUUUUAUCUAAAAACAUUUUAUAUGAGCCAUGUCUAAGAUCAAAAUCGGUACCUAAAGAUAAAUUUGUUCCUGAAAAGGAACAUAAAAGUACUUACUUUUUUUUUCUUCUUGGUGUCUUAUUUAUGAAAUUAAGAUAAUUGCUUAUUUCACUUUCUGUUUUUGUUUGUUGGGCAUUUAAAGAACUGCACUUGGCAAAAUGGAAAAAAAAACAGAGGACCAAAUUCAGCAUCCUCUAGGUAAGCCAGAUGGACCAAUAUUAUUUAUUUGUACUAAUUAGUCAUGUCCUUUUACAGACAAAAUAUUCUUCUGGAUUCCAUAUCUGUUUCAGAGCAAGGACUACACAUAGCCUUUGGUUUACUGCUAUACUGUUGCUGGUAAUGCAUUCAGGAUGAAAAGCAAAUCUUUUUUGUAAGAGGACAGUGGUCACUGAGAAGCAUAUGCUUAACAGCUGCACACGCUUGAAGGCAGAGACCAGAAUGUCCACAUUUAAAUUAGAUUAACACUUCUAACCGUAACUCCCUCCUACAUAAAAAGUGGCAGUACUGAAAGUAAGGUUAGUUUACUGUAGUGGUGGACCUCAGCCAGUUAUGUUUGAAAAUGUUGUCUUGGAUUAUUAGAUGUACUUAGGAAUUUUUGCUUUCUGCUGUUUUCUAGACAAGGCCUUGUGUAGAGCAUGUGUGGCUAUAGGUAUAAAAGAACUGCAUUUUUCCACGCUGCAACCACAGUUCAAAACUGUCCACACUAUGGAGAUGCUAUUACAGCAUGAUAAGUGGACCUAUAGUCUUGUGGCACAUCUUAAAAUUUUCUGAGUAGACUACAAAAUAUUUCAUUCUAAUCAGAUAGAUAAAACACUUAACAUGUCAAAUGAUUGUAUCUUUCACAAUUAUACCUAAUUAUUACCUAUUGUUCAGCUGAAUUGUGAGAUAAGGAUUGGGGUCUGUCUUGAUCGUUUUUGGAUUGGGCUUGAUUGUUUUUACUGUCAUGGAAGUACUGAGCCUUAACUAACGUUAAGUUUAAUAUUAGUGUAUGUAUCAUUCACUUAAUGUUUCUAGUCAAAAAGCAAUAAACAGAAAAAAGUAAA